GUCAAAACCACUUUGAAAAACGUGAGGCUGUCUCCAGGAAAGACGCAAGUAGAAGACAAUUGUGUGUCAGCUUAAGUAGCAGAUGUAGAGCUGUAAAGUGUUUCGGGUUUUGGUAAAUUAACAUUAUAAGUGUGACUCUGCUGGUCAGUAGUUUGGCUGUGUCACACGGUUGCUUUAGAAGGCGAUAGAAAUCAUGUUAGCUAACUGUCGAUGCUAACGUUACUUCGCUUGUUCGAAAAUAUUUUGAAUAUCACACGAGCGGUGUGUUAUUAUGACUUUUACUCGCUAACAGCCUGUUUGAUCAUCUGUUUAAUGGUGAUGCAUGGUGCAUCUCCGCAGACCAUUAGUGUUGGCAGCGGAAAUCGUCAGGUAGCUAGCUAGCUUUUGAACCUUGCUGGUCGUUAUUGUGCCAUUGGUAGCUAGGGGUCACGGCUGUCAUGUUUCACUCUGUUCCCCGACGUCCUAUUUGUGAGAUCGGUGUAAACACAAUGAGGCUCCAAAGCAGCAGAUCAUUCAGGCGUGCUGUGGAGGAGGGCAAAGGAAGGUUGCCUUGGCUGGGUAGGAGCAUGGGCCUGCUGCUGUCAUGGAUCCAGAGGGCAGGUGUCGGUGCCAGUGAGGCCGCGGGGUCUGGCCAAAAGAGGAAGGGCUUGCUGUCCAUAUUUGCGGACCACUGCGGCUUUGUGACCGGACAGAGGCUCCGACGUGCCUAUCAGAUCGGAGAGCUCUACUCUAACCUGUACUCGGAGCGGACAAGGUGGACCCUGGUCGGAAACAUAUGGCGCAGAUUUCAGAGCAAGCACGCGCCUAAUGGGAGACUGUUCGCGGCCCUGGCAGGUGUCUUCAUGUGGGAGAACGAGAAGAUUAAAGAUGAGGAAAUCCGCAGGUGUGGACUUGAGCUGCAGGCCCUGGAGGCUGCAAAAAAUGUAAACAAAACUUCAGGAACAGCAACAGGACAGCUGGAACCUGGCUGGGAAGUGGUAAUGGAGAAGAAGGACUUCAAAGUGUGGAGGCGCCCAAUUCCCAACAGCCACCUGUAUGAAUACAGAGUGUUGGGCUCCUACACAGAUGUCACCCCGAGACAGUUUUUCAAUGUGCAGUUGGACACAGAGUACAGGAAGAAGUGGGACUCUCUGGUUAUCAAGCUUGAAGUGGUGGACAGAGAUGUCAAUACAGGCUCUGAGGUCGUGCACUGGGCCACACAGUUCCCUUAUCCCAUGUACUCGAGGGACUAUGUGUAUGUGCGCCGCUAUGAUGUUGAUGUGGACAACAACCUGAUGGUCCUAGUGUCAAGAGCUGUGGAGCAUCCCAGAGUGCCAGAGAGCCAAGAAUUUGUGAGAGUCCACUCAUACCAGUCAAAGAUGGUCAUCCGCCCUCACAAGUCCUUCGAUGAGAAUGGAUUUGAUUAUCUGCUGACCUACAGUGACAACCCUCAGACUGUGUUUCCACGCUACUGUGUGAGCUGGAUGGUGUCAAGUGGUAUGCCUGAUUUUCUAGAGAAGCUGCAUACUGCUGCCUUGAGGGCCAAAAACCUGGAAGUUGGGAUCCACGACUAUGCAGGAGUCAUUAAAUCCAGCGACACAAACCGUCAGGCGAGCCAGGAGCGCCUGAGUGGAGAAAACCCCCACACAGGCGGACCUGGACAGAUCUACGCUUGAGAUGAAAACUUCACACACUGAGGGUUACGUUGGUGUGUUUUCACUUGCACUUAAACCAGACCCAAACCCUCCAGACCUGUCUCUCUUUGGGGACCGGACUUUGUGUGAAUUGCAAAUGGAAGUUGCAGCCUCCAUGAAAGACUAAUAAUAAUGUGUCCCUCCAUAGAUAUGGUUAUGUUGGUUGUACAUGAGACGUUGCUAGAGCGGUGAACUGUAUCUGUGACAGUAAAACAACCCCGCAGAGGCAAUGUCAUCACACAGACUGCUGGCAUUAGCAUCUAUUUGCUUAUCGAAACAUUGCCACAUGGACUUUUUGCCUCCUCUGGUUGUGACGUUUGUUGUAGAGGUGUGUGAAAGAGUGAGCCAAAAUUCCUCAUUGUUUGGAUGCUUUCGCCAAAGCAUUGCUUUCUGCCAUUUUUAACAUUCAUGAUCUGUUCUUCCACUGUUCAAAAAAGCUCGAAUUAUACCGCCAGCAGCGGCAUCACUGAUGUGUGAUUUGAGAUGUGAGGGUGGUUUUGCAGUAUUAGGCAUGAAACGGUUACUGUGACUGUCUUCUCUUAAAGGUUUAUACUAAAAUGUAAAAAAGUACAAUGAAGAUCUCUGCACUGAUGAGGAAUUGAGGACUGACGCUGAACACUUUCUAAUAUACUCUUCAUGUCAUGGAUUCAAACCAACUGCUGUCUUGUCAGAGUAGUGGAUCUUCACACGACUGGACCAGAUGGAUUAAAGAGAGAUGCCAUUAUCAGAAAACGUGUCAACUGAUUUAGAAAGAAAUUUAGGGCUUCUUUUUGUGUUUUCGUCUUUCAGCACAGUCGAGCUUUCACGCUGUCCAUCUCACCGCGGUUUUUUGGAAACUUUUAGUGUUGACUAAACAGCCUUCUGCAAAUAAACCAGUCCUUCAGCAUUAGGGGCGUAGUGUCUUAUAACAACAACAGAAAUCCUCAGAUUCAAUGGUACUAAAGCACUUCAGAUUGGUUAAACCUACACAGACACCUUUUUACUAAAGCCUAUGCCCUUUUAAGGAAAAUGGAGCACUUGUGCCACAUCCUGAUCCAUUAGCAUUUCAUACAAGCAAAAAAACUGUCCCGUUGUUAUCCCUGUGUCACAAGAGAUGUAGCAAAAAUCACUUAAGUGUGGAAGUAUUGGUGUUUCUUUGUGUUACUGUAGAUCUUGUACAUUUGUAAAACCAUCGCCUGAAUACUGGAAAUUCCUGUUUUUGAGAGAACAAGCUCUGUAACAAGCUUUUCCCGUAUUAUGAUUCUUCAGUUUUUGUUUUUCAUGUCGGUCCUACUGAAACGUCAUCCUCUCACUCUUUUUGCUUUUGCUAUUUGCAGGGGGGUGUUAUGAAUGUACAAAGCAGCAUGUGCUGUGGAAUAAAGUACACUGUUUACAGCCUGACAAUCUGGCGCCAAUAUCUUGAAAUCUCUGCUAAAAGCAUCUCAUCGAGCUAAAAUGUAAUGUGUUUGUCAUAGGGUGGUAUAUCAGAAUGAAUGAGCAGCAGGUAAAGCAGUGUGAUGGGAUCCACAUUUGUCAAGGGUUUUCUAUAUGUAUGAGUAUUAAUAUAUAAUCCCACUGUGUGUAAAACAAACUGCCGUCAAGAUUUCUAUUGAUUAAAAAAGAUCCAUGCUAGACAUGUUUAAAAUGUGAAGAGGAAAUGCUAUUUUUUUUUCUCAUGUGACCUAAAACAGAUCAUAAUACAAUUAAACAUUAUGCAGUGUCUGCUAAUGUGAAGCCUGAGAAUGUAACAUGUUAAUGCUCUGCCAUAUGUGUGCCGCCUGCACUACUCUCAACGAGCUGUCAGAUACUGUUUUUUUUGUUUGUUCCCUCUGCAGGCAGUUUAACAUUUCUUGUGUUUAGCCUCCAUAUGUUUUCUUUUUAAAUCAGAUUUAUUGUGUGAACGUGAGCCGGUGCACUUGUUACCCUGUGAUUACAAGAGUAAUUUAAAUGAAAAGGCGACUAAUCAGAUGAAAUAAACAGAUCUUCAUGUGUGUCA